AUGUCUCUCCCAUCUUUAAGUAAAGAAAUCGACCCUGUGAAUCAAGAGAAUGACUUUGUUCAUACGGUCUAUAAUGAAAUAGCGCCUCAUUUUUCCCAAACACGUUAUAAGCCAUGGCCAAUCGUUGAAAAGUUUCUUAUGAAUCAGAAAGAUUAUUCCAUUGGUCUAGAUGUUGGGUGUGGUAAUGGAAAGUAUCUUGGUGUAAAUAAAAAAUUGUUCAUGAUAGGCACAGAUAGAUCCGAUGGGUUAAUAGAUUGUGCUAAAACCUUGUCGAAUAAUACUUACAACGUGGGUGUUGCAGACGGAUUGAACUUACCGCAUCCCAGUAAUACUUUUGAUUUUGCGAUUUCUAUCGCAGUUAUUCACCACUUUGCAACAAUAGAAAGAAGAGUAUUGGCAAUCAAGCAUAUUCUUGAAAAGAUGAGAAGUGGGGGCGAAGUUUUGAUAUACUGUUGGGCAUUAGAACAGGAAAAGUCUAGACGAGGCUACAAAGAAGGCGACGACCAAGACAUAUUAAUACCGUGGGUUUUGCAAAAUAAACAACCAAAGAAAGAUAAGACUAAGGGAAAGUCCAGAAAGCAAGAUCAGCAAAGCGAGCCUAAUCUGGAUAUUAAGGAAGAGCAAAAACCCGAAGAGCCAGAAACUAAAUACAGGUACUAUCAUUUAUAUAAAAAGGGUGAACUUGUAGAUAAUGCCCUUGCAGCGGGGGGCUGCUCCUUAGUAGAUCAAGGGUAUGAAAAGGAUAAUUGGUGGGUAAUAAUAAGAAAAGACUGA